GAUUGCAAGAGUGGGAAAAAUGAUAUCCAAUGUUGACGGGGAUUAAAGUGUAGCGAGCGUUCGCAGAUCAUAACGGACUUAGAUGGACAGUUUAGGUUAGGUUAGGUGGGUUUGGCAGAGGUUUGCGGUUCUCCGCCGUUAUAUAUAGAGAACGGUUCUCUCCAUCAGUCGUUAUGUAUUCGACGAAAACACCGACUCUGCGAAUCGACGAGGCUGAUCUGAAAUGCAAAAACGGCUGUGGAUUCUAUGGUAACGCGGAAUGGGAGGGUUAUUGCAGCAAGUGCCACCGGGAACAUUUACAGAAACGACGAGCUCAAGCUGAACGUGUGUCUCAUGCACAGACCUUGGAUGCAGACAAUGUCAAUCGUUCUAUCAAUGCAGGAAGUCAUAAGGGCUACGAGGAGAAAAAAGUACAGCAGGAGAAAAAGUAUAAAUUGUUGAAUAUCUCAUUUAGGAAACCUACUGCUAAAGUUCAAGGAUAUCAGGAAUUGUAUCACGAGCUACUGAAAGACAAUCCAGAUCUUGAGAAAGUCAAGGCAGAAAAUCGAGAUUUGCUGUUGUAUAUAGCUAAGACACCGGUUGAGAAGGAUGUAAGAAAAUGCAUACAUUCAUUUGUGAUAGACAUACUUCAGAACAAAGAUGUGAAAAGGAUAGAAGAACUAUCGGAAAUAACACAAAACUUUUAUCAUGUGUUUGGAAAGCGUCUGGAAAACAGCACCAAAUAUGCAGAUAUACCUCCAGACAUUAAAGAGAAGUUAUUAGAUUAUGUCGAAAGAUAUGCAAUGACUUUGUUGUACAGAAUCCUUUUUUGCCCUCCGUUCACAACAGAUGAAGAAAAAGACUUGGCUAUACAAAAAAGGAUACGACAAUUAAAUUGGGUUAGUGGCAAGAAUUUGGAAUGUAGGAUUCAUGAGACAAGCUCGGAAGUUAGAGAACUUGUUUAUACUUCUAUCACAGAUCUUUUAAAUAUGGAUUCUGCUAAAGCGCCCCAAGAGAAACUGGCAUGUGUAAUUCACUGCUGUAGGAAUAUAUUCUUAUUGUUGCAACAGUCUGUCGAUGGACCUGCGUCUGCUGAUGAAUUCCUUCCAGCGCUUAUAUUUAUUGUUUUAAAAGCUAAUCCUGCGCGCCUCAAAAGCAAUAUAAAUUUUAUCACGAGGUUUUGCAACGCCAGCAGAUUAAUGACUGGAGAAGGAGGAUAUUAUUUCACAAAUCUGUGUUGUGCGGUGUCAUUUAUCGAAAACUUAACCGCAGAAUCCUUGAAUAUGGCUGAGAAGGACUUUAAUGCAUACAUGUCAGGGGAAUGUGUUCCAGCUAAUACAUGGGAAUCAGCUCUUAUGAUAUGCGAAAGUUUACACUUCAUGUGCGAAGAUAUAACUUUAUUGGAUGACUUGCAAGCUAAAAAUACCGACAUUAUAAAGCAAGCAGAAGAAUUGAAAAAUAAAAUGAUAGAUUUCAAAGAGAAGAUCAGAGAGGAUGUAGAUAAAGUAAUUGAAAGAACACCGCUACUAAUAUCGCAUAGCCAGAGAGUACCUACUAAUUUAGAUAGCGAGGAUAUUGAGAGCUAUCAGUUACCACCGCCGAUCAUUCCACAGAUAUAUCCGCAUUCUGUCGAUAACAUGAAUGGCGGCGUAAUGAUGGAUUUGUCGAGUGAUUUAAUGAGAACGUCAUUAGUAGAAGAUUCCGUAACGCCAUCUCCAACAUUUGAUUUUCCAUCCUUCAUUGGUGACGACAGUCUGGAAGUCAGCAAAGGCGAAGACGAGACUAGUCUUAUUAGCUUAGAUACUCAAUCCGAUCUUGCAUCUGGCGAUACCCAACUCUUUAAAAAACAUAUGACAGACAGCUUAUUAGACGAGUGUCCUACACCUGAAGCAAAUUUACCACCCGUUUUGAAACCGAUUAACUCGGAAGAUUAUCAUGGCUUUACGAUUCAAGGAUCAAAUAUUCCGACAAUCCCAUGCAGCACAGGUGAUUCAUCUUUAACUCCGGCCGACUUGAAUUCCGGUUAUUAUCAGAACAUGUAGUAUAAAUUAGAAAAAUGUGAUCCAAG